CUGCUAUGUCGGGGUUGGCAAGGGCCAUAUAGAGACGCCACAGUAAGAUGGCGGACUUAAACAGUAGUUUAACUGCUAUGGAUUGGUUGCCCAAGUUAACCGUUGGUGGAGCGAUGGCCAACGCAAAUGGUUGCGAUAAUAUUGCUAAUGGUGUUAAUAAAAACUCGUUGCGAAAAAGCCCCGUUUCACCUGUGAAUCCCUACUCGACAUUACCUGACCAUGAUGGUCACGACCAUCAGUUGAGAGAGAACAAGCCGCCGUAUUCAUACGCUAAUCUUAUAACAUUCGCGAUAAACAGUUCAGAAAGUAAGAAAAUGACCUUAAGUGAAAUAUAUCAGUGGAUCUGUGACAAUUUCCCUUAUUAUAGAGACGCUGGAAGUGGUUGGAAGAAUUCUAUAAGACAUAAUCUCAGCCUAAAUAAGUGUUUCCGUAAAGUUGCGAGAAGUAGAGAUGAUCCAGGCAAAGGGUCAUAUUGGGCGAUAGAACAAAGUCCUUCUGACGACAUAUCGCAGUUGCGAUCUAGUAGAAAACGUGGUCCAAACGGAACAUUUUUGUAUAGUGAUGAUGAAGUCCAAUAUUCACCUGGUGGUAUGUCACCUGACUUAUCCCCUAUACAUGCAUCCCCUAUCCCAGGAGGUCCGCUACAUCCUUCUCAGUCCCCAUAUAGCAGCUCACCUGUUACAUCAACACAUAUCUCUCCUCAUACUCAACAUGGAGUUGUACCAUUCAGCAACAACAACACUGGAGAACCUCCUACUAAAGUUGUACCUGAAAUAAGUCUUCAAGACUUAAGUGCAUCCUUUCGUAGUUUGUAUCGGUCCAUGUUUGAUGCAGGUCUUGCCAAUAAUUCAAAUUAUGGAGGCUCAACUUCCCAAUCAAAUCCAAUAAUGGGCAAUAAUCCAAGUCUUGGAAUGACAAGCACCAGUCAACAAUCUUUAAGUCUUGUACAAAACCUUGAAACAUUGCUGGAAAGUAUGAACUCUGGCGACUGGCAUAAUCUUGAUUGGGGGCAAAUGCAAUCUGUGAUGGAAAGUAUGCAAGGAUUGGAUGCCAGCUCAUUUGGUGUUGAUCCCAUGCAAUGGCAAGAGCUAACUCAAUCAUUUAAUCAACUCCUUAAUAGCCAAGGAGUCCAUCGGAACAUUCCCACUUCUAAUCAAUCAUUCUCAAGUAACAGUAGUUUAAGUAGCCAUUCUGGCAGUAGUUUUACUCAAGGGAAUUACUUAAAUAUUUCGCCAAGUAGUCGUCCACAUUUAUCAACAGGGAGUUUUGUUAGCUCAAGUAGUGUUGGAACAAGUGGCGGAUCUUAUCAUUCUGCUACUAGUGUUCCAGGAAUUCGUGUAACACCACCAAAUUACAAUAUGUCACAGCGAAAUUUCAUAGAUGAUGAGGAAGAGGAUGAGUUUGAUUGGUCAUCAAUAAUGUAGCGAGGUAAAAAUCAUCAGCUUAACAUACCAUGCAGUUUUUUUAUGAAUGCUAGCUCUCAAAGUCAAAGGCAAUCUAUUCUUUUGAGUGACAUUGGAUAUUGUUAAUAUUAUAGAUUCAUUCUUGGCUUCAUAAUACAUGUAUGUAUGUAAAUAAUGGGUAUAUUUACUGCCCAAAGUUAAGUCUUGCAAGAAGAGCUUCUCUACUUAUUCAUGAAAUAGUUGAAUUCAAAUUCAAGGCUUUCAAAACAAGAGAUUAAUUUUGGCAAUGUUGGACAUGAAAUAUAGAUGCAUUGCAUGGGUUCAUGAUUCAAUGAUUGCUGUGAUAGGUGUUUGAAUAUUUGGUUAUUGGGAUUCAUGGUUAAUGGCCUAGCCAAUACUGUGUUUAUACAAUUCAUUAAUUUGAAUGUAUUCAUCAAAAGCCUGAGUAAGAGCAAAAAGAGUAAACGAGCCUGGUUUUGAGCAAUAGUGUUAGUAUAUAUUUAUUAAAGUUGAACUGCCAGGUUUAAUUAACCAAGUUGACCUUGGUUGUGAUGUAAAAUAACCACUUCUGUUAUUGGUCAGAAAUAUAUUGUGAUGGUACCUUUUAUAAAUAUAACUUUAUUAAAUAUGUUAUUUUAUUUUA